GGAACCCCGCUGUGCUGACCGCUAGUCCCGGCUCCUCCGGAAUUCGCUGCAGAGCCGCGCUGCCCCCCGGCCCCCCGACGGCGCGGCCAUGGCGUUCAUGGUGAAGAGCAUGGUGGGCGGGCAGCUGAAGAACCUCACGGGCGGCCUGGGCGGCGAGGAGAAGAGCGAGGGCGAGAAAUCUCCGGCCGAGGCGCAGGGCAUGACCCGCGAGGAGUAUGAGGAAUAUCAGCGGCAGCUGGUGGAGGAGAAGAUGGAGAGAGAUGCCCAGUUUGCCCAGCGCAAGGCGGAGAGAGCCACGGUCAGGUCCCACUUCCGAGACAAGUACAGGCUCCCCAAGAACGAAACGGAUGACAACCAGAUCCAGCUGGUGGGAGGUGACGUGGAGCUGCCCAAGGAGCUGGCCAAGAUGAUCGAGCAGGACAACGAGGAGGAGGAGGAGAAGAACUCGGUUAUCGGCCAGCUCAGCAACAUCCAGAACCUGGACCUUGAUUCCUUGAAGGACAAAGCUUCGGCCACGCUAGAGGACCUGAAGCAAUCGGCGGAGAAAUGCUCCGUGAUGUGAUGGGGCUGAGCAGGGAGGGGACGCAGCGCAGGGUCUGGCGGGGGCUGCUGCCUGCAGCGGGGACCCCAGCGACGUUGUCACCCUUGCCGUGUGUCACUCGGGUCCUCCUGGGCCGUGUGACCCCUCUCGAGUCCCUGACCCAGAUGUCCCUGAUGUGUGGCUUCCGUUCCGUUCUCCGGGCUGAGGUUAGGGCCAAGAGCCAGCAUGUCCCCCCCGUACCCCAAGGCCUCCUCCCGUGCCCGUGCCGGGGCAGGGGGUGU